GGGAGAGAGUUAGAGCUGCACACUGAUAGAGAAAGAGAGGAGGAGAGAGCAGAGACCAGCAGCACAAGGCAGCAGCACGUCUGUCUCUAUCUGUCGCCUCUUGGAUCUCUCUGAGCACAGCUGCGGGGCUGCUGCCGACUGCGAGUGGAUCCUUUCGCUCAGUGACUGUGUGAGAGAGAGCGCCUGAGUGCGUAGUACACGCCAGAGUUUCCCAGUGGCUACGCACAAGUCUGUGUUGAGCUGGUCUGCUUGUGGUACUGCCACACAUGGUUGAAGGUUUGAUCAUCUUUGCUCUGGACUUGACUCAACACCCAUGAUCCCCAGCCAUAUGUGUCAUACCCUCUCAUUAAGAUGGGAAAUGCCUCAGAAACAUUUCUGCUCGUGUCCAAAAUAUCGAAAGACAAUGACUUCCUCAUGGGAACCAUCUACACCAUUUUUGGUGUGCUGUCCGUGCUGGGAAAUGGGAUCCUGCUGUUUGUGGCCUAUAGAAAGAAGUCCUCCCUGAAGCCAGCUGAGUUUUUUGUGGUUAAUUUGGCCAUCAGUGACCUAGGCAUGACCAUAACCCUGUUCCCACUGGCUAUCCCCUCAGCCUAUGCUCACAUGUGGCUGUUUAAUAAGAUAUCCUGCACAAUCUACGCUUUCUGUGGCGUUUUGUUUGGUCUUUGCAGUCUGACUAACCUCACAGUGCUCUCCUCUGUCUGCUGGCUCAAGGUCUGCUGCCCAAACUAUGGUAACAAGUUUUCGUUCUGUCACGCCUGCCUCCUGGUUGCUGGGAUUUGGUGCUAUGCUGGAGUCUUUGCCGUGGGUCCCCUGUCUGGCUGGGGAGAGUAUGGGGCCGAGCCGUAUGGUACAGCGUGCUGCAUCAACUGGCAUGCACCCAGCCAAAGCUCUGCAGCUAUGAGCUACAUCAUCUGUCUCUUCUUCUUCUGCUACAUCGUGCCCUGCACCGUCAUCUUCCUGUCCUACACAUUCAUCCUGCUGACCGUCCGGGGCUCCCGCCAGGCUGUGCAGCAGCAUAUGUCCCCACAGAACAAGAUCACCAAUGCACAUGCACUUAUCAUUAAGCUUUCCGUGGCAGUUUGCAUUGGUUUCCUGACAGCAUGGAGUCCAUAUGCUAUUGUGUCCAUGUGGGCAGCAUUUGGAAACCCAGCAACUGUACCACCCAUGGCUUUUGCUCUGGCAGCUAUCUUUGCCAAGUCCUCCACCCUCUACAACCCCAUUGUCUAUCUGGUCUUCAAGCCCAACUUCCGCAAGUCCCUGUGUCGAGAUGUAGCCCAGUGCAGGAGCACACUCUGCAGAUGUCUGUGUCAGCACAGCUCUGCACAGAAGGGAACUUGCAGGCAGUCUCAUCACAAAGAAGAGUGCAACUCGACAAGGUUGUCCAAUGGGCUACCAGAGAACCACAGGACCUGCAGACACUGCCCUUGUCCUGAUAUAGUCAGUGGUAACAGAGAAAACCUUAAAGACUUCAGCCCACACCAGACUGCCAGGAUACUUAAAGGAUCUUUGCACAGUGAGGUGGCUGUCAGUCAGCUCUCCAACGAGAUGCAGAGCGACUUCCUCUAAAGAAACAAACACAGUCAGACAAAGAGAAGGCGACAAAGAGAAGGCGAGGAGCAAGAGACAGCAAAAACUAAUUGCAAGUUAAGGAAAAGGGAAAAUGUAAUUAAAACAAAAAGGUCAAGAUUGAUAGAAGGAAAAAAAGAAAUAAAAACUAAGAACUUGUUUCAUGCCUCAAAUAUAUGAUACUGCCAAAAACCAUAUGACUACAAGGUUAGAAGCCAAUACAGAAGGAUAAGUGAGCCAAACAGCCAACAUGCAACCACAAAUGUGUAUCAAACCUGAUCAACCUGAUCACUUUGACUGAUCAACAUUAAGCAAACAAGACUGAGAAUCCAUGGAGUCACAAUGCAAAUUAAUUCAGGCUGGAUUUAGAGGGGGGAGCUGGUAUUCAAACUCUGUCCUCCCUAAACUACCUUUUAUGUAUUUUUACAAGUACUGUAUUUGAUGAUGUAUUUGAUGUUAUAGGUAUUUAUUCGUGCAUGCCUCAAACUGAAGGACCACAGGGUUGCUGCUGUCUUCUAAUAGGAAAUUAGUCAUGUCUCCUCAUUCCUGAAGAUUAAUGAUAAAAGCUUUGAAUUAAGCCCCAGUUAGUUCAUCUACAGUGUGCCAGCCUCUACAUUCAUCUACAUAAACUAGGCCCAUUAUGAAGUUAAGAACAAAGCACUGAGGUAAAAAAAAAUUGCUUGUUACAUGUGUAAAAAUGAACAUGAACAUGUUAGCCCAGGGUUACUGUAUUGAUCCCUCUGCAGAGAGGAGUUGUCAGUGUCAGUUUUGCCUAAUCUGCUGUGUCUGCACGACUCAAUUAUAGAAGUAGAGGACUUUGUAUAACAAAGUCUGUGACACUCAGUAAGCUCUAUUCUCUCCCAACAUACUUUAUUUAGAAGACAAAAAGGUUCAAGGUAGUGACAGACAAGCAGUUUGAGCAUCUAACCAAAAGCGGUGGCUCUUAGAAACACAGUGAACAAGACAGAUGAGUAGAAAAGAAAGUUGUCUUCACACAUUGGCAUCUUUUAUUUUCCAGAGGCUGAUCAGGUACAAUCAGGUAAAUAUCUCAUCCUAAAAAAGACCACUGCAGCAGUCUGAAGUAGAAGGAUAAUUCUAUCUUUUUCUUACAUCUUUGGGUCUUACUGUCAUAUUUCUGGUUCCGAGUUUUAUUGAUUAUGAUAAUACAGUCUAACAAGGCAAGAAACAAAUAGUCAACAGGUUCAAAAAUAAGCUAAUAUUUCAGCCAUAUUACUGUACUGAAACCAUGUUAUUUUAAACCCAAAGUGCAGGUGUAAAGCAGAUAACAAUUCUUAAGACAAAAAAAUGUGUGUGUAUGCCACAUUCCCAGAUUUCAGCAAUUAACUUUAGGAUGUUAAAUAUUACCAACAACAAUGAGGGCCAAACCUAUGAAGAUAAGACCCAAAUUUUCUUUUAAAAUGCUCAGAUUUUAGUGAAGCUUGUUUGUGUGUGUGCAUGAAACUGAGAGAAAGAAAAAAUUGUGGUGUUUAUUUAUACAUGUACAUGUGUGUGUGUUUUUCAAAUGUGCCUCUGUGAGCAUGUUCUUUCAUGGGAAGAAGUACAAGUAUGCAGUGCUUAACAGAAGUUAACGUUGUAUCAGCAAAUUCUAUGGGGUCUGACGCACAAACAACAAAAAAAGAAAGAAACAAAGAAAGAAAAAAGACUGAAAUGGGCACAUUAAACAUGUUCCUCGAGGCAUUAUAAUAAAAGAGGAGAAAUUAACUCAAUGUCUAUGCAUGAAUAUAGGCCACUUGCCUUUAGUUCUCCUCUUGCCUCUUUGAAAAGAGAGGGCUUGUUGUUCAAUAAAACUAUUUGUAACAUGAGACACAAGGCUUUGCCUCAGCACCUGCCAAAAUUAGUUCAAUAAAAAAAAUGCCCAGCGAGCAUAGUUGAGCUUAACCACAGUGUUUGUCCAACAAGCAGUUUUAUACUUUCCCCCUGGCAGCAUAGGUCAUCAAAUGGAAGUACAAAAAGACCUGCCAUGGACAAGAUUAAUUAGAUCUGCUCAAGCACAUGUUGUGGUUGACUGGUGUGACUUUCAUACUAUGUCAUGAUUCCUCUCCUUACCACGGUGAGAGGAAAGACUGCAGUUCUUUGCAGUUUCCACAGAAUACCUGAGCAUAAAAGCAGUUCCCAUUUUGUUCUCUCACUUUGUUAUAAAAUAAUUUGCUUUAAGUCAUGCAAAACACCCAUGUCAGCACAUGUGAUGCAUUCUGCUGCUUGGCUGCACUCCUUGAAUUACUGCUCUAAAAUUGGUAGUGACUGCUUCUUGAAGAAAUUGAUACCAAACAACCACUGCCACCUGAACUAAUACUCCGCUUGGGCUUUUCACACACUUAGCCCUGGGGAAAGACCCUUGUUAGCUCAGGGCUUACAGAUCUGUUAGCUGUGGGCUUAUGCUGUGUUCAGAACGGUAUUAGCAUUGCAUGAAAAAAAAACAUAGCCCCCAUCAUUCAUUUCAAUGAGGCCACUAUGUUGACGCAGAUGUCUUCUGCAGAAAAAUACAUCAACAGCAAAAAAAUUGAACCUCAGUUUUUGCCAUAAUGCCUCCAGUAACACACUGUACUGGCCAAUAAAAAAUGUUUACCCCCUAACGUUGAGACAAAGGAUAAAUUGUCUCAACGUUUUUUUUGUUGGCAACUGCCGCUGUUCUAAGUUCAAACAGUUGUUCCUGUACAGUGUUUUUGUUGUGUGAUCAACCUUCAAAUUCAUGGAUCGAUUACUUAAACAAGCCUAGAGAUUUCCCACAUUCAGAGUUUACAAUACCCCAGACCAUAGCAUAGUUAAUCCUGACUUUUCAUGGUUAUUCUAAAAAAAAAACUAACUGAUGCAGUCAUUUAGUUAAUCAAGGUUUGCAUAAAAGCAACACUUGUUGGCAUAUGCUGUGUGUUCUGAUAACAGAGAUACUCAGAGUUGUGAUCAUGUGUGAAUCUUAACCUGAGGCUAAGAAGUGAGAUAAGGUGAAGGAAGCCUAAGGCUUUCUGUAGCAUGAGUUAGUUUCAGCCCAGUGCCAAUAAAUCUACAUGUGAGGAGCCUUACUGCCAUAGAAAAGACAAACGGGCCUUUCCACUGACAAAGUCAAAGAUUCUUAUCAGGAUGAUAUCUUCAUGUUUCUUUCAUUUAUGUAACUUAACAACUAUUGUAUACAAUUACAUGGAUUUACUGAGUAGCAGCUCAUUACAGUUUCUUGCUCCAAGAUGAACCUAAAGGUGAUGACUAGUCUACUAACUACAUAUGGUACAAUUGUUUCUCUGGAGAAAAGCUGUAUGAUUGUACUUCCUACUCUGGUAUGUCAAGAAUGAUCCUGGUUUUAUGUUGGCUAUAAGUUUUAGGGAAAGAAGGGUGUGAAAGCUCAAGGAUCAUUGAAAUGCAAGAGGAAUUUUUUGCUCAUCAUGCUGGAACCAAAGGUUAUAGUCACCUUUACACUCACUGUCAAAGCCAAAAUGUUUUUUUUGGACACACUCGUAUUUUUCUAACAAUAUGCAGGUUAUCAUGAAAAGAAACAUAUCAAAGACUUGGCUUCCAGUCCUGUGCUGGACCGCCGUUGUUCUUGGGCAAAGAUGGACAUACAAACCAGGAAACACAACUGUGAAAAUCUGAUUUUGAUGUCUCUUUUUUUCUAUUCUGUUCUACUCAAGGAACAAAUACUGCAAGCACCUGGGUGUAUAUUCUGUAUCACUAGCCAUUCCCACAUGGGUCACCUCCACUGGCUUAACUCAUUCAAAACAAUGUACAUAUAUAUGUAUAUAUCAGAUGUCAGGGAUUUCACGUAGACAUUGGCUUGCAUGUAUGUAGUUAUUAUGUGUAUGUACAGAUGCCAAAUUUAAUUCAUCAUAAUAUCAGCCUAAAUCUAUAAACAGGGGGUGGAGAAACCCUUUGCAGUGUCUUGAAAUGGGGGAUGGUGGAUUUUAUUUUAGUUUUUUUAGCUUUUAACUGGUGGCUUUCAACUGGUGUUUCCAUCUUUUUCUUAUUAUAAAAAGGUUUUAGUGCAAAACAGCUUUCAGGUUUGUGGCUUCCCUCACUAAAGCUGGAAACUGUUUUCCUUUAGCCCUUUUAAUAGCUGUGUGAGAGAAGGAAAGACUUAGCUGAACUUAUAUCCUAAUAGCAAGAUAAGUAAUAUUACACAGCCAUAAUGGCCAUUACAGACUAUUAUUACUUAAGAUCCAUUUCCCACUGUGGUGGUGUUGGGUUACACAGAGACACAAUAAUCCAAAGUGGAAAUUUAAUCUAUUAUGAGGUUAUUGUAUAUGCCGCUUCUAUGAAGGUGACUGUUUCUACCUCCCAAUUACUCAUGGAAUGUAUUUAUGGCUCUUGUUGUUGAAUCUGGAUUUGAGAUAUGCAGCAUUUAAUAUUAAGGAAUCCAAGAAGCAGAAGUGUUUGAUGUGAUUACAGCUGUUUGGAUGAGCAGUUUACUGCAAGUACUCUUAAUUAUGGAGAAAUUAAAAGAGCUGAUAUGACAGAUGUGUGCAUGAAACUGCCGGAGCUAGAUGCAAUUAUCAUUUGCCCUUGCAUCAAGAAAUCUUCUAUUGUCACCAGUACAAUGUGAGGCAUCAUAUCAACACUUUCAUUAAACAUGCUAAUCUCAACUUUCUUUACUUUGUGAAUCUUACCUGUCAAGAAGCAGCCUGGGAAACAUGACAAAGACUUUGUUAAUCCCCUUUGAGACAUGAGACUCUGAAUCAGCAGAAACUCCUCAUGCAGUAUUUAUAAUGGUUUAUAACGCACUUACUGAACUCUCUAAGCUUACACUGGGUCUGAAUGGAGUGAUAAAUCCUAUACGCACUGCCUUCUAUACAUCUGUGCUAAUCCGCUGUAAAUAAAGUUGAAUGCGAUCAGGAGGAUACAACUAGAAUCUGAAUCUUCUGACUGCAGCUGUAAAGCAAAGUCUUUAUAUGAAUCCCUAUUUUCCUUUUGUCUUUGUAAAAGCAAACAAUCUGUCCUCAGGAUAUUUGCAAAUUUAGACUGCACUGUAUUACGCUGGUAUAUGUAAAUACAAAUACACACAAACAUCAGAACUUUUGCAGCCCCUCUCCCCCAGUUUCUAAGACACAAACAAGGCUGAAUGUAAUGUGUUGUACAUAUAUGUAUGUUUGUAUAUGGGGAAAAAAAGUAUGUCUAUCUAUAUACAUUUUAAAAUAUUAUUAUUACAUUAUAAUUAUUGAAAUGAUUAUUGUUGUCAGUGAAGUUUCAGAUGCACUGUGAAAAAUGUUUACAUCUUUUUUUUUUUUUUUUUGGUUUAAAAAAUAUUUAGGAUUGUAUGAAAAGUGUUAAAUACAUCUAUCCAAGGGCAUAUCACUUGUUCUGGGGUAAAAUGGAAUGAUAAAUAAAUACAAUUCAGGACUCCAUGAAUGAGAUUAUCACUAGUCAUCAGUUUUAUCUUCCUUUUCUUUAAUUGUUUUUAAUCAGACAAGGGGGGAAAUACAUGCUGCAAGCCCUGGUAAAGCAGGAGGGCCCUCACAUCUCCCUCCAUAUAAAUGGAGCGCUAAACCCUGUACCAGAAACAAAAUAAGCUAUACAAUAACACUGAACAUUUUAAUAUUUACCAUUUUUUAUCUGGCUCAGUGAAUUUUGAUCUGAUCCCUACAACUAAAUGGCUCAAGCUGAUAAGAUGCCUGAUUUGUAGUUCUGAGGACGCCGGUUCGAUUCUUACCAAGUACCAGUAAAUUUUGAAGUCCAACACCCAAAGUGAAGAGUGAAAAGCACUCCGAGAAAUGUUCCUAGUCCAAAAGGUUUGCCUCAGACUCAUAUAUGCUCUAAAAUGCAUGGUGGGCAAGCUGAUAGUACGUAGUAGUUUCCUAAAAAAUUAUAUCUCAGAGGUAUGAGGUUUUCACUGAACAGAA